AGAGUUGAUCCUGUAAUGAUCUCAAGUCGUCCUUCCUUAAUUCGGACGACUGCUUCAUGUCGUGUUAAAGCUUCGCCUUCUCCUCAUCUAUGGCUUCACAAUCCUACUUUCCCUUUCCCCGAGAAACGUUCGAAAAAUUUGAAGCUGAAUGCUACGAAUUCUGAUCUCGAAAACACUCGUCCAUUGAUCAAGUUUCCGCCCUCUCUCUGGGCCGACCGCUUCCUCUCCGUCCCCGUCGAGGAUGAGUUGGAACUCAAUGGCCUGACAAGAGAGAUUGAAGAUCUGAAGUCUAAAGUCAGGGAGAAGCUCGCGUUUUCUCCGAGCGAUAAUGACAAGGAGAGAAUCCGAUCGAUCCAUUUACUAAUCAGUCUUGGCCUCUCGUACCAUUUCGAGAGCGAGAUCGAAGAUACCCUCGAUCGUGCUUUUGGAAACUUGGCGGAAAUUAUCGCCGACGAGUAUGAUUUGCACACAAUCUCCAUCAUGUUUCAGGUGUUCAGGCUCUACGGCCAUAACAUGUCUUGCGAUGUAUUCGAUAGAUUUAAAGGAGAUGAUGGGAAGUUCAGAAAGAAUCUAGAAAUGGACGUAAGAGCUAUGCUAAGCUUAUACGAAGCCGCUCAUUUGGGGACGACGUCAAAUGACAUGGAUGAAGCGAUGAGUUUCACAUCGAAAUACUUGGAGUCAUUACCGAUAGACCUCGCAAGCCCGCAUCUAUAUAGUCUCAUUCGAAAUGCUCUAUAUCAACCUCGAUAUCAUAACAUGGAAAUACUAUUUGCAAGAGAAUACAUCUCGUUCUACGAACAAGAAGAAGAUCGUGACGAGAUUCUCCUGAAGUUUGCGAAGCUCAAUUUCCGACGUAUGCAGCUUCAUUACAUCCAAGAGCUAGAAAUUGUCUCAAAGUGGUGGAAAGGCUUAGACUUGCCGUCCAAAUUACCAUACUUCAGAGACAGAAUUGUGGAGAGCUAUUUCGCUACAGUCGGAGUAUAUCCCGAGCCACGGUAUUCGUUUCAGAGAACGAUGGUUACUAAGAUCUUCAUCAUCGCAACUGUAACUGUAGUGGACGACUCGUGUGAUGCAUACGUUACUCUUCCUGAAGUUGCCAGUCUUGUCCAUGGCUUGGAAAGGUGGGAUCUCGGUGUUAUCGACAGCAUACCUGACUACAUGAAAAUCGUCCUUAGGCAUGCGUUGCUGAUUUUGUCAGAGGUCGAACGGGAAGUUAAGCCAGAAGUUAGAUCACAGAUUAAGCAAGAGACUAUGGAAGAGUUGAAGAUUAUCAUGAGAGCGUUCCUACAAAUAGCACAAUGGGCACGUGCAGGUCACGUGCCAACCUUUGAGGAGUACAUGGAAGUCGGGCUGGUCACGACCGGGAUCGAGUUGCUGAUGAAGCUCGGCUUUGUCUGGAUGGAACAUACCAACCGGAAGAAUGUCUCCGAGUGGCUGAGAUCAAGACCGAAGAUCAUCCAAACCGUAAAUGCUAUGUUCCGCCUGUCAAAUGACAAAGUCUCCUACAAGCACGAGACGAGCAGAGGAGAGGUGGCGAACGGGAUCAACUGCUACAUGAAGCAAUUCGGAGUGACGACGGAAGAAGAGGCGGGUGGGGCGAUCCAGAGAAUGUAUGAUGGCAAUUACAAGAUACUGGUGGAAGAGUUCUUGAACUCAACUGCCAGUACCGAUGUUCCGAGGAAUCUUCUGAUGCGAGUUCUGAAAAUGGUGGGGGUAUUCGACGUCUUCUACAGGGACGGCGAUGGAUUCACGUAUCCUCGAGGAAAGAUCGAUAAACAUAUAACCUCGUUGUUCGUUGAUCGGAUUCAGAUCUGAAAAUUUCGAGCGUGUUAGUUAAGAGAAGAAGUGCCAAUUGUUAUAUGCAUGAUGUUCUAUGUUCAAAUGAAGAAAUAAA